UCAAAUUAUUCAAAUAUUUAAAUUUUACGUGAAAUUUGCUAAGAUAAAUAUGGUCCCAAAAAGAUUGUUAUAUUGGUAUGUAAUGUGCCCAAAAAUAAUCACCAGAAAUCACAUGAUGACAAGUAAACAAAAUUUAAACCCUAGCGAUGAAAAAGAGUUCUCAUCUGAACCAAUCUAUCCUAUACCUGGUCGCAUCCCAUUGUAUCAAACAGCACUGGAAGCUGUGUCAUGUAUUAAAUCAAAUGAUAGAGUUUUUUUGCAUGGAGGCGCUGCUACGCCAUUUCCUUUAGUAACGGCUAUGGCUAGAUUUGGGAAAGAAAAUAAGAUUGAAAAUGUUGAGGUUAUUCACAUACAUACCGAAGGUCCAGCUGAACACGUUAAACCAGAAUAUCGCGGUAUAUUUAGGGAUAAUUCUCUCUUCGUCGGUUCGAACGUUAGGAAAUGUGUUCAAGAUGGGAUGGCAGAUUACGUGCCUAUAUUUUUGAGCGAGAUUCCUCUUUUAUUCAAGAGAAAGGUUUUGACCUUGGAUGUGGCCCUGAUUCAAGUGAGCCCACCCGAUAAAAACGGUUUCUGCACCCUGGGACCGAGUGUCGAUAUUGCGAGAGCCGCCAUUUUGAACGCCAAGAAAAUUAUAGGCUUAAUAAAUCCUCAGAUGCCGAGAACUUUUGGUGACAGCGUAAUACACAUGUCCCAUUUUCAUGCCAUAACGGAGGAUAAUUUCCCGCUUCCCGAGUUGAAAGCUAAAGCACCGUCGCCCAAAGAAACCGCGAUAGGAAGAAUAAUCGCCCAAAAUCUAGUCGAAGAUGGGGCAACAUUGCAAAUGGGUAUAGGAUCCAUACCAGACGCCGUACUAAGCCAACUGCAUAAUCAUAAAGAUUUGGGCAUUCACUCCGAGAUGUUUAGCGAUGGCAUUCUUCCUCUGAUAAAUGAAGGCGUUAUAACUAACGCCCAUAAAAAGUUUAGAACCGGCAAAAUAUUGGGCAGUUUUGUUAUAGGGACCAAAAAAAUAUUCGAUUUUUUAAACGACAAUCAUUUUGUGGUUUUAUGCGAUAUCGGAUUCGUCAAUGAUCCAAGAUUAAUAGCUCUUAACCCAAAAAUGACCGCGAUAAAUUCGUGCAUCGAAAUAGAUAUCACUGGGCAAGUCGUUUCCGAUUCUAUAGGAUCCAAAAUUUAUUCCGGUGUUGGUGGCCAAGUCGAUUUUAUAAGAGGUGCAGGAUUGGGAGAAGAUGGUCGUGGCAAGCCGAUAAUCGCGUUAACUUCAACUACCAAAAACGGGGAAUCAAAAAUUGUCCCCUUUUUAAAGGAAGGCGCGGGUGUUGUCACGAGUCGAGCCCAUGUGCAUUAUGUGGUCACGGAAUAUGGGUGCGCCUACCUAUUCGGGAAAAAUCUUAGGCAAAGAUCUUACGAACUCAUCAAUAUCGCUCAUCCUAACCAUCGCAAAUGGUUGGAACAAGAGUGUUUUAAACGAAUGAAAUGCAUGCCAUCGCUUUAGAAUAUUUAUCAAUUAUUAAUUACUAAUUAGAAAAAUCUAGACAUUAUAAAUGGAUGGAUUCUAUUUUAGGAAAAUUUAUAUUAUUUUUACCCGUUAUA